AUGCUAAUUGAAUUUACUUUCAAAAAUCUACGGAAGGAGCAGUCUGACCUUCAACUAUAUAGUCUGGUUAAUGGUGAGAAACAGUUAGUAGAUCUGGACUCGAUAAUCAGCUCUGUUGAAAAAUUAAAGAAACUUAAGAAAUACGACGCUAAUCAUGUCAGUAGUGAAUCAGAUGGUAGCGAUAGUAGUGAUAAUUCAGACAAUGAAUCCAGCCCUAAGAAGAAAACUGAAAUGCUUAACACUAUUAGACCUCUUGGCAGUAGUCCUGAUAGGAAUGAUUUCAAUAAUAGCAUCAAAGGAAGAAUAAAAUUACCUCCUAUUGAAAUACCUUAAAAAAGAUUGAGCUAGAUAUAAAUGUUAAGGCCUAUUGACAUGAUGCCAAGGCUAGAUUUAUCGAAAAUCCCUUCAUUAAGUCUAACUGAUCCGUUACCAAUAAUGGCAAAAAAAUAGUUAGUGAAUCCUGAAAAGAAAUAAGUUAAAUAGCCUUCUUAGUAAUAACAAUAGAUAGACAAGAUUUUAAAUUAAGCUGAAGGGUCUAGAGAUUAAAAAGCUGGUGCGAGAUAUUUAAAAUUAAUAGGUGAAUAGAAAAUCGACAAAAAUUUUGAUAAUUCUAGAGAUCUCCUUAUAAACAGUGAAAGUCAAUAAUAUGAGCUAACAUUUCAGAAAUUUGAAAGUAGUGGUAUAAAAAAUGCUGGGUAAAAUCUACCGACUUUUUCUAACAAUGACAUCUAGUAGGUUCCCUCUGCUAAAAACUAGCGAAUGAUGGAGCUAAUAAAGAUAUAAUCAAAUUAAAUAGCUGAGGAGAUGCUGUUUGAAGAAUCUCACUCUAGUUAAGAAAAUGAUCAUAAAAAUGAAUCAAACAUUUCCAUUAUAGAAGAGGAGGACGAGAAGAAUCCUCAAGAAAGCUAGUAUUGUAGCCUUGAAUUAAUCGAAUAAAAGUAAAAAAAGACUCUUAUAAUAGACGAAAGUAUUGGAAUAAGAAAUAAACAAAGUAGCACCCUUUAGAGUGAAAAUCACAUUACCUAAAGAGUAUGA